AUCGUCUUCGCAUUUCAACUUCGGACACGGAAGCUUUGUCCAUUCCUCUUCCCUUCCAUUCCCUUUCCUUUGCACCUCACACUCUUCGUCAAAAUUUCAAUAAUGAGUCGAUGAUAAUAUUUCGCUCCUAGCCUUUAUUUAAAGGCUAUUUUUUUCUUUUCUUCCUAUCGUUCAUUAAAGCCUUACCACGAAGAGGUAGUCGUCACAAACGUCGUAUCUGUGCGCCAAUCGUCCCAAUCGUCCUAAUCCCCCCUACAUCAAUCAAAACAGCCUCGUUGCCAUCACUUCAUCAAUCUUAUCACCGAACGAACUCACGAUGGCUUCGAGAGAAGGAACGCCGGAGCACAGUCGCUGGUCGCGCGCAUCUAGUGGCGCCCCAAGGGACAGUACUCCAGGUGACAAUCUCGAAGCCAGUAUGAUCAGCCAAUCUGGACAAGGAAGUAAGCGACCGAAAAAUAAGUCAUCCGCAGCCGCAGCCGCAGCAUCGUUCCCUACCGUAGGGAAGAUUAGACACCUUAAGAAAGAAGAUGGAGAACCGCUUUGGAGAAGAGAUAUUCAAUACGACUUUCUCAAGGCCGUCUUCGAUGACGACAACAGGGUCUUUACGAACAGCUACGAACCCAUAGGAGAUGGCAAGGAGAAGCAGAGUUUUGCGGACCUGUAUAUCGAUACUAUGGCUAGAAGCAGCAAGACGAGCAAGGUUCUUCGAGAUAAAUUACUUAGCGACCGAGAAGCCGCGAAGAGCAUGGCUAUGGUCUGCUUGCUCGUCAACGUGGGUCGGAUGAACACAACGUUAAAUUUUUUUCCUGAGAUGCGAGCUCAACUACGAACAUAUCACGCUAUUCCAUCAUUGCAGGCACACCAAGACGCGUCCGCCUAUAAGCAAUUACAAGACGCUCCAAGAUUGAAGUCUAUCCUAAAGGGUGCGGCCGAGGAUCGUCCUGAGCCUCAUGAGUUAGGCGAAUUUAAGGGAAAGGAUCCUCCUCGGUCGAACCCGGUUAACCUCAUCUUCCUGAUAUGUCAGCAAGCGUCGUAUAUCGCGGAGCUACAUUUCCCUCCUGGUGGCGAGUUUCACGACCUCAUCAUGAAGACAAAUUACACAAGCAAAUCUCGUGCUAGAGCCUUCUUGUGGCUGAUGUGGUUUUAUCUUGAGUCUGACUUUACAGAAGAAGGCUGUGAAGAAAAUCCUUUCGGGCAGGGUGUCGACUACGGUACGGAGGUCGCAAACCAGGGAGUCCCGCGAAUGGAAGAGAUGGUAGCUGAAGAAGAAGACCGUGAGAAUAUUGACCCACAGGAGGAAAUUGAAUUUGGACGAGAGAAGCAGAAUCAUCGAGCAAAGAUCAUCGCAGCCGAUCAGGCUUACUUAGCUGACCACCAGAACAAACGUGGAUCCAGGGGAAGGAUCAUAGCUGAUGAAGGACCUACUGCUGCAAUCCUCCCCCGGAUACGGCCGUCAAAACACGAGUCCGAUCUGGACAGUACACGGUCUACCCCGCCCCCGAGAGCCUUGUCACGCAUUGGUGCUAGUAGCACUGGACGACGGGGCGGGGCGCCACUGAAACACCUAAUCUUUGAAGGCUCAUCGCCUGCGGGACCAGGAUCUCAUGUCAUUGAGGGUAUAGUCCCCAGAAAGCCACGCCCCCCUACCGCACAUCAACUCGCGGUAGAGCGAAACCGGAAUCAGCGGGUUGAACAUAUUCUCGGCCGCGGACUUCGGAGACAGCAUCAUCGGGCUCGAAAGUCACGUCGACAGGAAGGCGCGAUUAUACGUGCCAAGCGCCGUUUGGCAGCAAUGAAGGACGCGCUACUGGACAGUGAUGAAGAAGAGUAUAUGAUGGCGCAUAGGGAGCAGAAACACCCCUUCAUAGACCGAGGCUUUGGUGGCCUUUGCCAGCUGAAUCAAGAAGAGGACGAUUUUGGCGAAGAGUUCGCAUCGUACGCAGCCUCACUUCGGAGGGCAGACCGACGGCUAAGACGUUGGGAAGGCCGACCCGAGUUAGGGGUCGUGUCGACAGCCAAGAGACGCGUUGCAGCUCCACCAUCGGAUUAUGCCUCGCCCGACUUAAGGGGCGACCACGACGGUAACGAUAGUCCAGAGAAGAUGGACAUCAAGACAAAGACAAACGGCAAUACCAACGGCGAUAUCACGAUGGAGGAUGCGGAUGAUCUGGAUCCUAUGGAGAAGGAGCUCCUAGGAAUUGACAGUGGGGGCGAGGAGGGCGAAGGUGAAGGUGAUGGCAAUGGUGAAGGAGAUGGCGAGGGUGAAGGUGACGGUGAAGGUAAAGACGACUCUGACGACAUCGAUAAUAUCGGUAAGGCGUUAUUGGGUCUAGAUGGUUCAGAUGGUACAGAUAGUUCAUAAUGGCCAUGGUGAGCGAGCAUGGGACGGCGAGAAUGUUGCGUUUACGGUCGUCGGUAACAUACUACUGCUUCCCGAUUCUUUUUCACCUUUCCAGGCUUGAUAUGGGAACAGCCUGGCUUUGUACAUCUAGCAGGGAAUGGGAGUUGUUUAUGGAUGCUUUUUAAAAACAAAAGGGCAUAGAUGAGAGGUGAUAACGCGAUAGCAUUCAUCAGUAUACGCAAGACCGAUAAGGUGUACUUCACAACGCCUCGGGAAUUUAAUAGUGUGUUACAUAAUAUUGGAUCUUCCAGGACGUAGUACGAUGUGUCAAAUAGCU